AUGUCUACUCAGUCGGAUCCAGAUGAUCCAUUUUCUAAGCCAAUAGUCAGGAAACGAUUCCAAGCUACACUGGCUCAACAAGAAUUUAACACCGAAGAUGAUAUCCUACCGUCUGUGACUAAUGCAGAAACUCCGGAGUCGCAUGAAGCUGCCGACGGUCCUGGCAACCACCUUUCAUCUCCACCACUGAGCCUUCCAGAAACAGUUUCAGAAGGCAAUCCAGAAACUAAUCUCAGUGAUGAGAGUGAGCCGGAAAUGAUGAGCCAGUCGUCGACAGGUUCACUAAGCAGAAAAAUGGAAGAAUCUGCAAUAGAACAAGCUCCACGUCUAACUAAAAAAUCAUCAAGUCGUGGUUUUGAUUAUGAUGCCACCUCUACAACAACUGCCCCAGUUCAUAAGAAAAAGAAAGAAGAAAUAGACAUGGGCGGCGCAAUGUUCUUUCCAAAGCAAGAAAAAAAACAUGUAUACACUCAUAAGUGGACAACUGAACUUGAUGAAGAAGAAGAAGAAGCUUCAACGUCAUCGUCAUAUAGAGCUCCGCGUAAAGUAAACCAACCAGCUGUUUCAGCAGUACCGCGCAAACCAGUUUACUCAACAAGUAGUUCUUAUUCUUCAUCAUCUUCAUCUAUGCAAAGAUCAAGAGUACGCCAUAUUAAAGAAGCAAAUGAAUUACGCGAAUCAGGCGAAUACGACGACUUCAAGCAAGACUUGGUAUAUAUUUUGAGCAGCCUUCAGUCACCCGAUUCAUCCAUGAAGGUUAAAUGCUUGAGUGCGAUCUCAUUAGCCAAAAAAUGCGUUUCGCCCGAUUUCCGUCAGUUCAUCAAGAGUGAAAACACAACAAAAAAUAUUGUUAAAGCACUAAUGGAUUCUCCUGAAGAUGAUUUGUUCGCGUUGGCAGCGUCAACAGUUUUGUACCUGCUUACUAGGGAUUUUAAUUCGAUCAAGAUUGAUUAUCCAUCUCUCCGCCUAGUUUCUCGACUUCUGCGUAUCGAAAAACUAGAAAUGCGUCCUGAAGACAGAGAAAAAGUGUUGAAUAUGGUUUGGGAAGUGUUCAGUGCUUACCUAGAAAAACAAGAGGUCGGCGGUCAGAAAGUUUCAUUUGACAUGCGAAGAGAAUGCUUGUCACCGUCUUCUCUAAUCAUUGAAGCUCUUGUAUUCAUCUGCAGUCGUGCUGUCAAUGACGAAAUCUUCAAAAAUGAACUCCUCAACCUUGGGAUCCUUCAAUUCGUCGUUGCGAAAAUUGAAGCCGAUGUAAAUCUUAUUGCCGAUGGUAGCGAAGACCCUUUCAAUAUUUUGAUUUUAAACCGAUGCUUCAGAAUUCUUGAAUCGAGUUCUGUUUUCCACAAAAAGAAUCAAGCUUUUUUGAUUUCUCAUCGGUCAAAUACCCUCAUCAAAAGCUUAGCCAAAUUUCUUCAGAUAAUUCUCAACAAAGUUCAUACAAUGCCGGAAGAUUUGGUCAAAAAGUAUAUUUCCUGUUUGGCAUUGAUGUGCCGACUUCUAAUCAAUAUUUCUCAUGAUAAUGAAUUGUGCUGUUCGAAACUUGGAGAAAUUGAAAACUUCUUGCCAAACGCUUUAACAACUUUCACUUAUCUAGCUCCUAAAUACGGGAAAGAAGACGGGUACGACAUUAAUGUGAUGAUGACGUCGCUUCUUACUAACUUAGUGGAACGAUGCAAUUCGAAUCGGAAGGUUCUGAUUGCUCAAACUGUUAAGAUGGUUAUUCCCGGAAAAGAGGAAGAAGAAGUUCCUGCACUGGAAGCCAUAACUCGACUUUUUGUUCAUCACGAAGCGCAGGCUCAAAUUGUGGACGCCGAUUUGGACAAAGAGUUAGCAUUCGAUGAAGGUGGUUGUGUAGAAGAUGAGGAAGAUGAAGAAACUGAAAGCGGAGAUGAGGAUGGUGUUCGUAAAGACGGUAGACUUGAUCGAAACAAGAUGGACAAAAUGGAUCAAGUUGAUGUUGUUCAUGCUCUACAGCAAGUCAUGAAUAAAGCGUCGGCACACAUGGAAGGAAGUGUCAUUGCGUCUUAUCAUGCACUGCUUGUCGGUUUCGUUCUUCAACAAAACGAAGAACACCUGGACGAUGUCCGCAAGCAUUUGCCAGGGAAUACUUUCGAAAAUAUGAUAUCGCAAUUGAAACGAUUGUACGAUUUCACCAAAACCACAAUGUCAAAACGUGUCGAAUCGAACUCAGGAUUCCGAGCUAUCGAACGUGUCAUUGAGUAUCUCGAGCGGCUCGAUUAA